AUGUCUAAGGAAGAAGCCGGCGGUGCUUCGCCACGAUGCAGCCCGUUGUCCAGAUCUCCCCAGAAUACGACUGUCGAGACGCUGGAGGGCGGAAAGGUGGACACCGCCCCUCCAGCGCCUGAACCCGUUCUCGCACAACAACGGAUAACACUGGGAAAUCUCCAAUUCCAACAAGAUCCGAACGACCCGCAGAAGUGGAUCAUCUGUACCAACGAGGCGCCGGCCACCACGUCCCACCCCAACAAA